GGGAAAGGAAGCUUCCUAUCGUUUCAUUUACGGCGGUGGAUGGGGCAGCAGGGCGAUCACCCAUCUGACCAUAUUUCCACAGAAUCUGAUGUCCAAAUCUUGAAGCUACUUGCCUGCAACUUUGUCAACAAGGACAAACAAAUUGUCUUGGGAGGAACGUUUGAAGGAAAUGAUAUGCACGCCGAAGACCGUGGCUCGUCGAAAUUUAUACCGAUUGACCGCCUCCAAGCAGAUGGCUUUGUCGUCGCCGACACUCUCAUCGUUGGCGCGGGCAUUUCGAGAGCACAAUGGAGUUCGCUGGGCGCAAGUGUCGAUGAGAAUUGCAUGAUCGAGUUGCCCGUGAUUGAUGCUGGGAUGUCCAAUUGCUCGCGCUUCUUCAACAAGCAGGCAAUGAGUGACGUAGAAGUAAUCGCCUCGACGGGAGAGCGUUUCUAUGGGCAUCGAAUUGUGCUGGCACAGCAAAGUAGGCCCUUCUGUGCACUAUUUGAGAAAGCAGAAGGCCAAGAAGGGAACCGACAGGUGCAGCUUCUAGAAGCGAACGGCACAGUGCUUGGCGCAUUUCUGAAGUAUUUGUACGGCUGCUCAGCGCAAGUGGACGUCAAGAAUAUUGUUGGCCUGUGCACGCUUGCAGAGCGGUUUGAAGUCGACAAGCUGCAUGCCAUUUGCUUGUCGGAGAUCAGACGGUAUUUUGAAAUACCCAAGGUCACAUUCAAGGACACUUGUGAAUUUGUGAAUCUGGGCCUGGAGGACAUUCACAGAAUGGUGUCAUCUCAACUACGGCCGAUCUCGGAAAAAGUUCUGAUUGAUGCUAUCCUGAAAUGGGCUGGUCAGGUUCCCGAGCGGCUACUGCAUUUAGAAUCUCUCAUGCUGAAUGUCACUUUCCAUGCUCUGUCUGCAAAAGAAAUGAUUGAGGUCCGGCGGCUACCCGUAGUGUCGCAGAGUACGGCGUUAAUGAAUCUUCUUCUGGAUGCGUACGAGGCACUAUGGGCUUCGCAUUGUGGUGUCGUAGACUUGCUGAACGCGUCGUUGGUACACGAUGGUGAUGUCGGGGGAAACGCCCGAGGCCAGCAGGCGAGUCUGCCUAUGCCUGUGCUGGAUGGCCCGGUGUUGGACGAACGAGGAGCGGGUGCGCUUCGGACAUGAAUACUUUUAGGACAAAAAUUUUGGCUGUGGAUUGAACUUUGGUUCUCGCCCAGAAAGAUAUGGAUGAACGCAUGCAAUGCGCAAUGCAUUCCUCUGUUGACAGAGACUCGACAGUAGUCGAUAAUACCCAUCCGAUCCGUCUGCAACACAUUUGCGGGCUCGAAAAUAGGCCGUCGGAUCGAUGGGGGAUUAAAUCCUCGAAUCUGAUCUGAGGGAGUUUCUGGUCAUCUCUCUCUCUCUCUCUCUCUCUCUCUUGGCUUCCUGCCAGGCUGUGGUAAUCGUCUUGGUGUUGCGGAAAGGUAACCUUUUUAUUCUUCUUAUUCAUGUUUUUUUUUUUUGCGUACAGUCGACUCAUUUCCGCUCUUUUGUUUUUUUUCCCUUCGUGAAGUUCGUGUUGACUGUGUCCGAUUCAGUCUGAAUGGGUGACACAGCGGUCAGCUGGGCUGCAUUCGUCCCGCUCUUCUGUAAUUGCAAUUUUAGGUAAUGUCUGAAUAAAUGUCUGAACGAAGUACUAUCGACCAGAUGGUACAACUCUCAAGCUGUUAGAUAAUGUAUCCAUACUAUUCCAUAGAUUAGCGUAGGUCUGAAUAAAGUACUAUAGUCUAUAGUCUAUAGUAUAGACCAGAUGGUACAACCCUCAAGCUGUUAGGUAACGGAUGGGGAUCUCAUCUAACAGUUGAGAUUGUGUGUGGCGAUUUGCUCGUCUUAGGCUUGAGGGCUUUUUUGUGGUUUGCAUUUAUUUUUAGUGAGGGGGUCACUUUGAACUUACAAGGGCGUUGCCGUUGAUUUAUUUUUUUGUCAGGGUCAUUUACAAGGUUGCUUAAGGGGCCCUAUUUUUCCUGAGUGCCCUCUAAGAGUCUA